UUUUUUUUGAACGGAUGCUUAAUUGUUCAUGAGUGUAACUCACAUGUUCAUAGCUUACUAUAAAUAAGAUUUGUAUGCAUCAGUUUCAAUUUGCGAGAAUUAUUCUAUUUUCUCCUUCAAUCUCACUCUCUCUCUUUCUCUCUCUCUCUCUCUCUCUCUCUCUCACGCACUCUAACGAACUCUAAUAAACCUAACACUUAAUCGAGAUUCACACUUCUAAUUUACUGGAAUCAGGCUUCUCAGUCUCAUACUUACCCUAACAUUUGUUAUAAUCUCAGGAUCUUUUACAAGGGAACCAGGAUUUAGAUGAGAUGGAGGAGCAAAGAAGGUUCAGGGAAAUAGUUUUAGAAAAACAAAUAAUAAAGGGCAUAAAAUAUUGCACGUUAUCAGAGGAAGAUGUCAAAAACAUUAGCGAAGUUUAUGUGUCACAAGCUUUGGAUUAUGAUUGUUCGGGUGAAACACCCAUCAUGGGUGGCUUGUAUGAUCCCCACAUGGGGCCUGCUAAUGAUACACUUAUCUGUCUAACAUGCUACGGAAACUUUAGAAAAUGUCAAGGGCACUACGGAUACUUACAUCUAGUUGAGCCUGUAUACCAUGUUGGAUAUCUUACUAUGGUUGAGGGGAUAUUGAAGUGCAUUUGUAAGGAAUGUAGUCGUAUUCUCCUUAACAAUGAUAUAUGUACAAAUUAUUUGAAGAAAAUGAAAGGAGAUUCUGAAGACCGUGGCCUCCCUUGGGAUGAAUUGAAAAAAAUUCAGUUCGUUAAAGAUUUAAUAGAAAAAUGUAGCAAAGUCAAGACUUGCCCAUACUGUGAAUAUAACAAUGGUACAAUAAAGAAGGACCCAAAUGGCCGAAGCUUUCUUUAUCAUAAUGACACAAUCCUUUACCCUGAUAUGGCUCUUUUCCUGCUUAAAGAGAUGGUUGACGAGGACCGUGAGUUACUCUGUGUCUCUGAAAAACCAGAGAAGCUCUUCAUAUCAACAAUUUCUGUGCCACCUCUAGCUGUUCGACCUUCAUUACCCCUAAACUUGCGAUUGGCAAGGGAAGAUUACUUAACAGAGAGGCUAAAAAAAAUAAUCAAAGCAAAUAAGAUUCUGACCAAACAUGUAAAGGAGUAUGUGAUCAAACAAAGAGAUCUGGAUUCACCCAUUUAUAAGCGUGCUUAUGAAAAUCUCCAGUUUGAGGUUGAUCAGUACAUGAAUAGUGAUGAUCAGCAAGGCCAACCGCUACCGGCUGGUUUAGUUCAGCGUUUAAGAGGGAAGCAGGGACGUAUCCGUGGUACCUUAUCUAGGAAAAAUGUUAAUUAUAGUGGCAGGACAGUUAUUUCACCAGAUCCUUAUCUGAAGAUUACUGAGGCUGCAAUACCCAUCCCUAUGGCAUGUCACUUGACUUAUCCUGAGCGUGUUACACCUCGAAACAGACAGAAGUUGCAACAACGUGUGAGAAAUGGUGCUGAUAUGUAUCCUGGUGCAAUAUUGGUUCGAAAACGCACAGUUUCUAUGUUGUGGAACCUCAUGCCUCCUAGUUGGACUGUUGCUCGUGAUUUGGAAGUUGGAGACAUUGUUGAUCGCCAUUUGGAAGAUGGAGACAUUGUUCUUUUGAAUGGACAACCAAGCUUGAAUCGGAUGUCUAUGAUGUGUCAUAGGGCAAGGAUCUUGCCUGGGAGAACUUUGCGAUUGAAUGCAUCUGUUUGUGACGCAUAUAAUGUUUAUUUUGAUGGCGAUGAGAUGAACAUACAUGUUCCACAGACUGAAGAGGCUAGAGCAGAAGCUAUUUCGUUAAUGGCGGUUUCAUCAGAGUCUUUACUGGAAAAUUGUAUUGGUUGCAACAAUUUGUGGACACCAAAAAAUGGCGAAAUUCUAGUUGCCGUGAAUCAAGACAGCGUUCCAGCUAAAUGCUUCCUCUCGUACAAUGUUUCAUCAGAGUCGUUACCGAAAAAUUGUAUUGGUGGCAACAAUUUGUGCACAACAAAAAAUGGCGAAAUUCUAGUUGCCCUGAAUCAAGACCUCUUGACCUCUUUCUUUCUCAUAACUAGGAAAGACACUUUUUAUGAUCGUUCAGAGUUUUCACAUAUUUUGUCAUACAUAGGUCACAUGGAUACUGAACUGCCAGAAGCUGCAAUUAAGAAGCCAGUUGAGCUUUGGAGUGGUAAACAAUUAUUCAGCAUUUUAUUGUGCUCACAUGAAAAUGUGAAUCUCACUGUGAGGGAGAAAUUUUACUGCACAAAGCAUGACGAUAGGAAUAGAGAAAAGAAAACAAUGUGCCCAAAUGAUGGGUUUGUUUAUUUUCACAAUAGUGAGUUAAUCUCCGGGCAACUUGGAAAGGCGACUUUAGGAAAUGGUAAUAAGGAUGGACUUUUCUUUGUGAUACUAAAUGACUAUAACGCAUAUGCUGCUGCUUGUUGCAUUAACCGUCUAUCUAAAUUGAGUGCUCAGUGGAUAGGCAAUCAUGGGUUCUCGAUAGCCAUUCAUGAUGUUGAACCGCAAAACACACUGAUCAAUGCAAAGGAUGAUAUGAUUAGUAAUGGUUAUCAAACUUGUAAAGAAUCUAUGGAAAUUUUCUAUGGAAUACGGCAAGAUGACAAUGCUGGUCGUAUUGCAGCUCAAAAUUUAGAGACCAAGAUAACUGAUGAAUUAAAUGACAUACGUGGUGCACUAGGGGAGGUAUGCAUGGAAACAUUACACUGGAGAAAUAGUCUAUUGAUCAUGUCACAGAGUGGCUCCAAAGGGUCUCCUAUCAAUAUCAGUCAGAUGGUUGCCAGCGUUGGUCAGCAGUUAGUUGGUGGUUGUCGUGCUGCUAUUGGGUUCACAGAUAGGAGUCUUCCUCAUUUCCCUAAACAAGCAAGAAGUCCUGCUGCAAAAGGUUUUGUUGCUAAUUCCUUUUAUAAUGGAUUGUCAGCAACUGAGUUUUUCUUCCAUGCAAUGGAAGUGAGAGAAGGUGUUCCUAUAUCGGAAAAUAUUGAAGACACCGGACUUGUGACUCGUAGAUUAAUGAAAGCUCUAGAGGACUUGUUUUCACAUUAUGAUUGUACUGUAAGAAAUACUGGUGGUGAUAUUGUUCAAUUUUGCUAUGGAGAUGAUGGCAUGGAUCCAGUUAGCAUGGAAGGAAAAAAUGGAAAACCAUUAAAUUUUGAGCGGUUAUUUCUCAGAAGCAAGGCCAUGUGUCCCAAAGAUGGAGAUGAAGCAGCCUUAUCUUCAUCAGAUUUGUGUGAAGUAGUUCGUCAGGAGCUUUCAGAGCUUUGUAUGUCUAAUUUAGUGGAGAGUGGAUUUUCAGAAGAUUUGAAGAACUUUAUUUGUGGGAUGUCUGGGAUCACUCGUAGACAGAUAGAGGUUUUUGUGAAUACUUGUGUAUCACGUUAUCGUUCCAAACUAAUUGACGCUGGAACUCCGGUUGGUGCAAUUGCUGCUCUUAGUAUUGGAGAACCUGUGUCCCAGAUGACUUUGGAAACUUUUCACUUUGCUGGGGAUGCAACCAUAAUUAGUACAUGUGGAGCUGCUCGCAUCAAAGAAAUAACAUCUGGACAGAGAAGGAUCAGUACACCUAUCAUCACUACAAUACUGGAGAGGGAUAACAAUGAAAAUAUUGCAGAAGAAGUGAAACACUGCAUAGAAGGAAAAAUAUCAGUCCGGGGAAUUAAAACUGUUAAACGAGUUGUGAUCUGUAAAGAUCCAAAGGUUGAUAAAUUCAUGGUAUUGUUGGAAGGCACGGGCCUUCGAUGGGUUAUGAGUCUUGAAGGGGUGAAUGCACGUAAAACUGUCAGUAAUCAUGUCAUUGAAGUGUAUGAUAUCCUGGGAAUUGAAGCUGCCAGAAAUUGUAUCAUUGAUCAAAUAAAAUUAACAAUGAGAAAUCAAGGAAUGAGAAUAGACAUGCGUCAUAUUAUGCUUCUAGCAGAUGAGAUGACAGCCAGUGGUAUGGUCUUGGGAACGACAAUUACUGGAUUUGAAAAGAGGUGCAAAAGUGUAUUGACCCUUGCAUCAAUUGAUAGGGCACCAGAGUAUCUUUUCGAUGCAUGUGUACAUGAGAGGGAUGACCCGGUGGAAGGAGUGACCGACUGCAUAAUCAUGGGGAGACCAAUUCAGAUAGGCACUGGAAUGGUCAAGGUCUUACCAAGACCUGUUUUAGGUCCGUCGCAGUUGCCUGAAGGACCAAUUAAUCGUGUUAUGGAUGACUUUUGAGCUAAGGUUGGAACUUGGAAAAUAUACUCUUGUAAUAUACUCCAACAAUAGUGGCAGUAGUGGCAAUGUCAUGCUUGCUUUCCGUUUUUCAGAUUCAGGUUUACUGUGUUGCAUAUUGAUAUGGAUUUUUUGUGUUUUUUGUA